UUAUUCCAGCUCUCUGGAUUUUCUAGCAUGAGCCGCCAAUUCACCUACAAGUCGGGAGCUGCUGCUAAGGGGGGCUUCAGUGGCUGCUCCGCUGUGCUCUCAGGGGGCAGCUCGCCUUCCUACCGGGCAGGGAUCAAAGGGCUCAGUGGGGGCUUUGGGAGCCGGAGCCUCUACAGCCUGGGGGGCUCCCGGAGCAUCUCCUACAAUGUGACCAGUGGCAGCGGGCGAACAGGGGGCUAUGGAUUUGGCCGGGGCCGGGCCAGCGGUUUUGCUGGCAGCAUGUUUGGCAGUGUGGCCCUGGGGCCCGCAUGUCCGUCUGUUUGCCCUCCAGGGGGCAUCUCUCAGGUCACCGUCAACAAGAGCCUCCUGGCUCCCCUCAAUGUGGAGCUGGACCCUGAGAUACAGAAAGUGCGCGCCCAGGAGCGGGAGCAGAUCAAGACUCUGAACAACAAGUUCGCCUCCUUCAUCGACAAGGUGCGGUUCCUGGAGCAGCAGAACCAGGUGCUGGAGACCAAGUGGGAGCUGCUGCAGCAGCUGGACCUGAACAACUGCAAGAACAACCUAGAGCCUGUGUACGAGGGCUACAUUAGCAACCUGCGGAAGCAGCUGGAAACGCUGUCUGGGGACAGGGUGAGGCUGGACUCGGAGCUGAGGAACAUGCGGGAUGUGGUGGAGGACUACAAGAAGAGGUAUGAGGAGGAAAUAAACAAGCGCACAACUGCUGAGAAUGAAUUUGUGGUGCUUAAGAAGGAUGUGGAUGCGGCUUACAUGAGCAAGGUGGAGCUGCAGGCCAAGGUGGACGCCCUGGAUGGAGAGAUCAAGUUCUUCAAGUGUCUGUAUGAAGGGGAAAUUGCUCAGAUCCAAUCCCACAUCAGUGACACAUCUGUCAUCCUAUCCAUGGACAACAACCGGAACCUGGACCUAGACAGCAUCAUCAAUGAGGUCCGUGCCCAGUAUGAGGAGAUCGCCCUGAAGAGCAAGGCUGAGGCUGAGGCCCUGUACCAGACCAAGUUCCAGGAGCUUCAGCUGGCGGCUGGUCGGCAUGGGGAUGACCUCAAACACACCAAGAACGAGAUCUCAGAGCUGACCCGGCUUAUCCAAAGGCUGCGCUCGGAGAUCGAGAGUGUGAAGAAGCAGUGCUCCAACCUGGAGACAGCCAUCGCUGAUGCCGAGCAGCGGGGUGACUGUGCCCUGAAGGAUGCCCAGGUCAAACUGGAUGAGCUGGAGGCUGCCCUGCACCAGGCCAAGGAGGAGCUGGCCCGCAUGCUGAGGGAGUACCAGGAGCUGAUGAGCACAAAGCUGGCCUUGGACAUAGAGAUCGCCACCUACCGCAAGCUGCUGGAGGGCGAGGAGUGCAGGAUGUCUGGAGAAUACACCAACUCUGUGAGCAUCUCAGUCAUCAGCAGCUCCACGGCCGGGACUGCGGGCACAGGAGCCGGCUUCGGGUUCAGCGGGACGGGCACCUAUGGCUACCGACCCAGCUCAGUUGGCUACAGCAUGCUGUCUGGAGGCUGUGUCACUGGCAGUGGAAACUGCAGCCCUCGAGGGGAGGCCAAAACCAGGCUGGGGAGUGCAAGUGAAUUCAAGGAUCCCUCUGGGAAGACCUCAGCUCUGAGUUCACCCACUAAGAAAACCACAAGAUAA